ACGUUUUGCCCCCCGCUUCGCUUCACCGAUUGGGGUAUAUAAGCCAACUUCUGUCUGUCAGCUCAUCAAGAAGUACAUCUCAUUCGAGAGAUAAUCGUCAGCGAGCAAAUCCGUCCAACCGAACUCUCAUCAUGAACGCCCUGUUCUUCGUCCUCGCCGCCCUCGCGGCCGUCUGCGUCGCAGCACCGCCUCCACCUUCGGGCCCCGCCGACGAACCGAUUCCGAUCAUCAGCCAGAGCCAGGACGGGCCCAACCCCGACGGCUCGUACAGCAACUCCUUCGAGACUGGAAACGGGAUCCAAGUCCAGCAGCAGGGGAGCCUGAAGCAGAUCGACGAGAAAACGUUCGCCCAGGUCGUUCAGGGCUCGUACACCUAUACCGGCCCGGAUGGAGCCGCGAUUCAGGUGACUUACACCGCCGAUGAGAACGGAUUCCAGCCACAGAGUAACGCCAUCCCGACGCCCCCCGCUAUCCCGGAGGCGAUCCAGAAGAGCCUUGACUUUAACGCGGCGCAUCCCCCACCGGCCGUCGUCGACGCGUAGGGUCAAUAUAUGAAUUUGUAAUUUUUGUGAAACCGCGAAGGCGAAGACUCGCGGCGAUAAACAAGCCUCAGGUUCUUUAUGCUAAUCGUAUAACGUAAUCAAAAGUCAAUGUUGGAUAAGAAUAAUGUAAAUAUUGCGUGACGGAUAGUUUAGAGGACUUUUUUUUUUUUUUUACACUAUAUUUGAUACGAAUAUCCUCACAUCAUGUUGUACGCAGCCACUGUAAGUCUCUGGAAUAAAUUGUGCUUUUUGCUACCUAA